AUGGAGAGCACAAUCCUUACACUUCAGGAUGAAGAUAAUCUAUUUGCUCUCCAGUGUCUGUAUGAGCUCCACGAUGAGGAGUUUGUGAGGAGAGCUUUAGGAGAUCGGAAUCACAGCAUCAGAAUAGACCAGCUGUUCAGUCCCGACAGUGAUGGAAACAAACCAAAAACUGUGAUUCUCAGUGGAGAUUCUGGAAGAGGGAAAUCCUUCACGCUACAGAAGAUCAUGUUGGACUGGGCUUCUGGAGAACUUUACUCUGAAAACUUUGAUGUAGUUUUUCUGUUGAAGUGUGAUGAGGUGAAGUGUUUUUCCCAUCAGAUGAGCUUGGAUGAGCUGUUGAGCUGGAGUUACAGCAUAACAUCAUAUCAGAUCUCACAGAUACUAGAGUUAACACCAGAGAAAGUCCUCAUCCUCAUUGAUGGAAUUGAUGAGUUCUCAUUCGAUCCACAUAUUCAAAUAUCAUCACCCACUAAAUCAUCGCAGAAAGCUCUACCAAUGAACAUUCUUAGGAGUCUGCUGAAUGGACAGAUCCUGCCUGAGUCUUUCCUGCUGGUUACCACCAGAUCAGAUGCUGGUACAGUGAUGAAUCUCCUCAAGGGUCCUCAGCGUUUCACUGAUAUUAUGGGCUUCUCUGAGAGAGGGGUGCAGGAGUUCUUCCAGAAGUUCUUUCAGGAUGAGCAGCUCUUCAGGAAAACAUAUGAGAGUCUGACGACAAAUGAAAGCCUCCUGACUGCCUGCUCUGUGCCUUUGCUGUGUUGGAUGGUCUGUUUUUGUCUGAAGAAACACUAUACAGAUGAUGAUCAUGUGAUGAGAGAACUAAAGACAACCACCUCCAUUUAUGUGCAGUUUGUGUCCACUCUAUUGGAGCAUCAUGACCAGAGUCAGUCUGUCCUCAGGAGUCUGGGUCAGCUGGCAGAGGAAGGGAUACUGGAUGAAGAAGUCCUCUUUGACCAGAAGACUGUGUUCAAGACAGGUUUAGAUGCUGAAAGUAGCCUGUUCCUGCAUGAUCCUGAUAUUCAAGAUUUAAUAAGGAAAAGAUCACUCAAGUUUAUGCACCUCAGCUUUCAGGAGUUCUUCAUGGCUCUUUAUUAUAUGUUUCUGAAUGAAGAAGAGUCCCAGAGGAACAUCAGAGACAUCUUUGCUGCUGAGAGAGUGAAAGGUAGACUAACAAAUUCCAUCGCUUCGGUGCUUCUGUUUCUCUGUGGUCUCUCUAAUGAAGACACAAGCAGCUCACUCUUUGAAAAGCACAACUGGACUGUUUCUUACAUCAUAAGAAAGGAAAUGGAGAGCACAAUCCUUACACUUCAGGAUGAAGAUAAUCUAUUUGCUCUCCAGUGUCUGUAUGAGCUCCACGAUGAGGAGUUUGUGAGGAGAGCUUUAGGAGAUCGGGUAUCCAUGAAUCUGUCUAACGUUUCUCUGAGGAGCACAGACUGUUGGGUGCUGCUGUACUGUCUUCAGUGCUGGCCACACAUCAGAUACCUGAACCUCAUGUACUGUGAUUUAACAGCUGAGAAACUCAAGAUUCUUCAGCCAGCACUCUGUAUGUGUGAGACUCUGAGGUUUUCAGUGGAGCACCUGUCAGAAGUUGGAGAUUUCAUCCAGAUUCUUGGUGAAUCUAAAAUCUUGGGAGCACUGAAAGUUCAAGAGGAUGAAUACAGUGCUGAGAGUCCCAGAUGGUCACUUGACUUGUCAGUCAUUCAUGGAGAUGUCUUGUUGACUUUGAGCUCCUCAGAGAAGAAUCCAUCAUUUCCAGCAGUCUUAAACAUCAGUCUUACAUGUCCACAAUCAGAGAUAUCCAGCACUGACUGGACACUCUUCUUACAGAGACUCAGCAAGGCAGCAAAAGUAGCAGAAGUCUCGUCAGCUCUUGAUGAGUGUGUCAGUUUGCUGCUGUCUUCAUUUCACUCUAUGGGUUUGAAGACGUUGGAUCUGAAGCUGUUCAUUCUGAAUAAGAGCUGGGCUUCUGGGAUCAUUUCUCUCGUUCAAACCUGCACCAGUCUACAGCAGCUCAGUGUCAGUGUCACUGGAUUGCUUUUGGAGGAGGGACUCAUAUUACUGAAGAAAUCACUGACAGAUCCACACUGCACUGUGAUUGUUAAAGGGUGGAAGUGCAGUAAACCCACUGACCAGUGCAAAGAACAGGACUGCAGUCACAGCUGUAAUGAGAAAGUGGAGAUUCACCUCAAACCAAAGGUUUUAGAAACACUGGAAAAUCUUACAAUAUCUGACUCUGAACCGUCCGGACUGAAUCUUCAGCCGUUCCCAGUGUGUCAGUCUUGUGUUCACAUUGUUGACUCUGAUCAGUGGGUUCAGGUGGAGCCGUCAGUCUGUACAGAUGAAGGAGGCUCAGAGUUCAGGAUCAGCACUCCGGCGGGUCGAUUCGAGUGCAGCAGGACCAGAAUGCGAUGGGUCUGUGCUGGUGACGUCACUCUCCAGUACAGUGCAGGGGAUGGACGUUCCCUCAGAGCAGAGCUGGAGAGACUUCAGUAUGAGCGAAUUGGUCCUGUGAUUAAUGUGACAGUGAUCUCAGGGAAACUGGAGGAGGCCCAUCUGCCUCAUUACGCUUGUUUGGCAGUGUCAGACCCCUCUCUCAAAGAUGCUGUGAAGCUCCUCAGCAAAAGCGAUGAAGGAAUAUCUUUACAAUCUGUAGAGCUGACCCGUUAUCAUGCAAAAAUAGUCGAACCAUCCUUCUCUCUCAUAACUCUAAUCAUAAGCUGGUUCAUAAAGUGGGAAGAACACUGUGAUCUUCUUCUCUACAUGCGGUGUAAAGAGCCUCUCUUUCUUCACAUCUACUUUUUUCCAGUGCAUGACACUUUUUCAAAAGAAAAAGUUGAGCAGCAUGAAAAAUCAAGUCUUUUGAUCAGCCAUCCCAGACCUGACAGACCAUUUCGGUUGAAAACGCCUCACCUUCUUGAGGUUCCUGGUGCAUCUGUCCAUCCCAUAGAGGGGAUUUCAUUUAGAACUGAUAUUGACCCAAACUUCUUCAAAGUCAGGCAACAUCAGGAUGGUCACAUACAAAUGAAUCUUAUCAGAGAGGUGGACAGGAAGUCUGUGUGGACUGCCACAAUAUGGAAAGAAGAAUUUGGCCAGUUAAAUCCAAUGUUAGGUGAGCGCAGCCAUGAAGAAAAGGAGCGGAAUCCACCCAAAGAGACCCAAUUUGUGGAUGGGAACUAUGCAGCACUUAUUCAGAGGGUUACCUCAGUGAUGGCAUUAGCAGAUGAACUAAAAAAUAGGGGUAUGAUACAUGAUGAAAAAUAUUCAGGGAUCGUGGCAGAACAAACCAACCAGGGCAAGAUGAGAAAGCUCUUUGAAGUACUGAAUUCUGGAGAUGACCAAGUGAAAAAUGCCUUUUAUUAUGCUCUGAGAAAUCAUGAACCAGCCCUCUUCAGAAACCUGGGUGGUGACAACUGAAAACAUGAGCAGCCUAUAUCUGAAGAAUCGGCUACACCAAUGAAGACCCCUGCACUCAAGAAACAGAAGACGACCCCUGCAACUAUGACACAGAAACAGACGUGAAAAGACAACAGAUGCAAGAUGCAGCCACUUGAACAUGAAUGAAUGCUAAAAAUGCAGUUAAAGGAGUUCAAAGUUUUUUAGAAAACUGAUAGGAUUUUUUUCAAUGUCAAAAAAUUUAUCAAUGUGCAUCCAAACAGGGCUGAGACUUUGUUUCAAACUGGACAAAAGCAUAAGACACCACGAAUGGCUUCAACUUUGAUAAAGUUGUUUUUUUUAAUAUAUUUUUAUUUAUUGGUGUUAUCUUAUUAAAAGCGUUAAGAACGUUAACGCCAUUGCAGACAAACAAUGAAAUAUAUUCUGAAAUCACACGUUAUAAUUUAACCAGUAAAGCCAGCAUGAGAAGGAUCUGCAGCAUAGUGCGUAAAGGUAGUGACAGUGAUUCUUCUAGAAGAUCAUCUGCCUUUUAAGCCAUCUGCCUUUACCUGACUCUUAACCUUUUUUGCUUGAUGAUUCUACAUUGUAUUCAGUGUUGGGAAGGUUACUUUGGAAAUGUAAUAUAGUAGGUUACAGAUUACAAG